CUUCAUCACACCAGCCAUCAUUUCAAAUGGGGUCCAGCGCAAAGAAGAAAAGAGAGAAGAAGAAAGACUUCCAGAAGCAGAAAUUAAAAGUCGGCAAGGCUAGGCCCAAGGCUGACAGUCAUACCGAUACCAGUUUUCGAGCCAAAGCUAUUGUGCUGAAUCAGCAACUGGAUGUCAACGCACCGACUCAAACAUCUGUUUUCCUUCAUCAAGUCUCCCUGCUCAGCUCGCGUACGGAUGUCCAACGUAGAGAUGCAUUGGCUUACCUGAGCACAUAUGUGGCCUUAAAUCCACCGGGCAGAGCUUUGCCUAUCAACAUGAACAGUUUUCUCAACAGCCUCUGCCCUCUCAUUCUCGAUGGCUCUAGUGGAGUUCGCACACAACUACUUAAGCUCUUCCAAACUCUGCCGGCGGAGGAAGUCAGGGACAAUGUUACCAGAAUCCUUCCUUUCAUGCGUGCUGGCAUGACUCAUCUGUCAAGGGACAUUCGAGUAUCAGCGGUCGAGUUCUUGUCCUACCUCAUCGAUGUGGCUGGCUCUGAGCUGGUCUCUUGUCCCGGUGGCUGGUAUCAGACAUUACAAUGCUUCACGACCGUUCUGGGCUGGAGGUCACCCGAUGCAUCCAAGUGGUCCUCAACCAAGGCUUCGUUCAGCGGAGAUGUCAAAUCUACUGCACGCAUCAUGCAAGUGCUGUCUGAUUUCUUACAGAUAGGCCUUGCCGCCGACAAAGCUGUAGCAUCUGGACCGGCUCCGAUGGCUGUAAACUUUCCUCUUUGGCACACUGAUUCCCUUGCCAUACCUCACAAAUCCAACGCUUACGCCUACUUGAACCUGUUCGGGGUACAACAGGAUGACGAAAAGCAAGUGCUAGACGACCAAGAAGACAGGUUUCGCGUCUACAAGACCCAGUUUCAGCCACUUGUUCUGGCUGGCGUGGAUGCUGCGAAGAAAGAAGGUGGCGAACUUGGGCGUGCUUCGGGUCUGCUAGUCAAGACACUUGAGCGCACCCAGGGGAGGUGAUGUGCUCGGCAUGUAUGGGACGUCCGGGAUUCUUUGAUAAGACCUGGAUCCUGGAUUGGCGAGCCUAACACGAUUCAAACCUGGGGACCUGUGAAGAAUGUCCACUCUUUACGACCACAUCAAAAAGGGCAUUCCUCCUAAUGAUAGGUAGGACGACUGUGAGCUUUCGUGGAGAUCAUUGCUGCUCCUUGGUCUGGAUCCUGGAUCUAUCAAGCUAUGUACGAACGAGGUCGAGUUUGAGCAACACGGUCCUUCGAUGGUCCUAUACAGCAGCCAUAACCAGGUGGCAUGUGACGAGCAUCGACGAUACACUGCAGUCUAUACAAAACAAAUACACCACUUCAAGCGGCCGCAACACAAGCACAACACAAGCACAGCCGCACUAUCCAUACGUACAGUUCCAAAUUGCGAUGGAUACAGCACCAACUACCUAGUGCGCACGGGAUGGCUGCAGCAGAUUAGUCCUUUACGGCCUCUCCCCAGGCAAUCUCACACCCCUCCACUCCUCCUCACUCACCUCCUGCCAUUCGGCUCUAUCGAACCAUCCAAUAUAAUUCCGAUCCCCAAACCCACCAAUCCAGUAUACCUCCCUGACCACGAACCUCAUCCACAAGCCUUUGUGAGCAGCCCACUUUUUCCCCGGCAACCACAGCACACUAUCACCAUGCACCUUGGUAAAACAACCCGGGACAUCCUUGCUCUUGACCUCUUCCGCAGUCAUCUCUUCCAAGUAGCCGGUCAUGCUCAGCCGAGGCAAAUUGGCCGCCGACCAUGGUUGCUUGUGCGUGAUGUGCACGUACUCAUCCCACCACGAAAGAGCCAGCGAGGCAUUGGACCCGGCCAUAGCGUUCUUCGUGGACGUUGACACCGUCAGGGCUAGUAGUGUCGGGUUGCCGCUGGGUUCCUCGCACGAGGCAAUGUAAUCGGGCAGGCCGAUCGGAGUGUGCGCGACGUCCGCAGGUACUCGAGAGGAGGUGACGUUGUCGGGAAACACAGUGGUGAGAACACCGGUUUUGGAUAGGGCAAGGAGGCGUCGACCGAGGACAGUGGACUCGUAGCGGGAUGGUAUGCGGAGGGGCGUCUCCUCAUCAUCUUCAUUUGCGUGGAAAGUGGCGGGGACAAUCCCUUCGGCGUCGAGUAGUGUCUGCGGAUAUGUCUGAGUCUGAAUGUGUACUUGAAGGAGCUCAAGCUGUUCCGAGAGCUCGACCGGGGCGCAGGCGACCCAGGAAGUCGACAGCAGCACGAGCGAGAGGAGCGUGGUCGGGAUGAUCAUCUUGCUCACUGCCGCCACUACUAUGUUACCACUAUUCACUCCGUAUUGAAGCUGGAAGGUGUAUUCCUCCACUCUUGUAGAUGCGAUCUCUUCACGAG